AUGCACUUCAUUAACAAGUACACCGUGGCUGUGGUUGCCUCCCUCGCUGCUGUCAGUGAGGCCGAGCACCACGCCUUCCCUCGCCGUCACAUUGCCCACGCUCGUGGUAUCAACGGCACUGUUCCCAGUGGUAGCUCCACUACCACUUACUUUGUGACCCCGACUCCCUUCGGUCACCAGGCUUUCACCAGCAGUGCUGCUCCCUCUGGUGCUGCCUCCAGCGCCAUCUCUUCUUCCAGUGCCGCUGCUUCUGCUUCAUCUUUGGGUGCCUCUUCCUCUGGUGCCGCUGCUUCGGCUUGGGGCAGCUCUAGCUCUGGUAUCGCUGCUUACUCUACUCCUUUGACCACUCCCUCCGUCAUCCUCAGCACUGGUGUUGCUGUUAAAGGUGAUUCCCAGGUCACUUCCACUGCUGGCUCUGGCUCUGGCUCUGGCUCUGGCUCUGGCUCCAGUUCCGAUCUGAUCGUCACCUACACUCUCGGCUCUGGCACUUCCACCAGCGUUGUGACUACCACCAUCCACCGCACUGCCACUAACGAGCACACUGCCUGGGCUACCGAUGCUGCCACCAGCGGUUCCGAUGAUGUCGAGAUCACCACCACCGUCCAGGGCACCAAGACCGAGACCUUGACUCUGACUCACCUUCCCUCUGCCUCUAGCAGCAGCGGCAGCGGCAGCGGUAGCGGCAGCAGCGGUGAGGGUUCUUGCAACCAGGCCACUGUCACCGUCACGGCCACUGAGACCGUCACUGUUAACGCCGCUGGUGUCACCUCCACCUCCACCUCCACCCCUACCUCUGUUUCCACCAUCGGUAAAGAGCAGACCGGUGGUAGCGGUAGUGACAGCAGCAGUGGCUCCGACUCUAGCUCCAGCGCUGGCCCCGACUCUACCAGCACCAAGUCUUCCCCUAGCGCUACCGGUGCCCACUACGGCAACGGUACUCUUCCCAUUACCUCCAGCAGCAUUCCCGCCCCGUCUGGCUUUGCCACCAGCAGCUCGGCCUUCUACGCCUCUGGAUCUGCUACCCCCUCCGGCGCUGCCUCCUCUAUCCCCUACCUGGUCCCCAACAACGCCUACCCCACCAACUUCCGUCGCCGAUUCAUCUAA